GCCAAUGCUUCCCUCGCAAUGCUUAGGUUUGUUACAAAUUGGAGCACACAACCGUCAAUUAUUGAUGCUCCAAAGUCCACAACUGGGAGGAAAAAUCCAAAAGAAGUGAGAUAAUAAGAGCACGAGGGUGAUGAGUCAUCUAGUCAUGACUUCACUCAUUCACUCAAUGCACCCCCCCCAACCGUAAGAUAGAUAUUUAGAAAAAAAUGACCAAACCCAACACUUUGCCACAAAACCUUCCAUUGAUAGAUGAACCAUAAUUAUAAUUUCUUCACUUCUACAUUAAAUAGACAAUAUUAAUUACGCAGCGUGCCCCGGGGGCGAACGUGACCCACCCAUCCAAUAACACUAGCAGACACCACUCACAGCUCAGCACAGCGCAACAACGUUCUGUGGGGCAUUUUAGCGAACACCUACAAGUAAAAAGUUUCAAGGAGGAGUUAACAGUGUUGGAAGUUGGAGUGUGAGAAUGAGUUUCAGGGAAGAUAGCGGAGAAGGAAGGGACCUUCAGAAACCGUUUCUCCACACGGGGAGCUGGUACAAAAUGGGUUCAAGACAGUCCAGUAUCAUGGGCUCUUCCACUCAGGUUAUGCGCGAUGGCUCUGUCUCCGUCCUCUUCUGCGUCCUCAUCGUUGCCUUGGGCCCAAUCCAAUUCGGCUUCACGAGUGGCUAUUCUUCUCCAACGCAAGGGGCUAUAGUUCGCGAUCUAAAGCUCACGGUUUCGGAGUUCUCUUUGUUUGGAUCUUUGUCGAAUGUGGGUGCGAUGGUGGGAGCUAUAGCUAGUGGUCAGAUAGCUGAAUACAUAGGGCGCAAAGGGUCAUUGAUGAUUGCUGCGAUUCCCAAUAUAAUAGGGUGGCUCGCCAUUUCUUUCGCCAAAGACUCCUCGUUUUUGUUUAUGGGAAGGUUGUUGGAAGGUUUUGGCGUUGGGAUUAUAUCUUAUGUGGUGCCUGUUUAUAUAGCUGAGAUUGCACCCGAAAACAUGAGAGGUAGCCUUGGAUCAGUGAACCAGCUCUCUGUUACAAUUGGAAUUUUGCUGGCUUAUCUGUUGGGCCUUUUUGUCAACUGGAGAGUGCUUGCCAUUCUUGGAAUUUUGCCUGGUACAGUAUUAAUACCUGGAUUAUUUUUCAUACCAGAAUCCCCCAGAUGGUUGGCCAAGAUGGGGAUGACAGAUGAGUUUGAGACUUCGUUGCAAGUGUUACGAGGAUUUGAGACAGAUAUAUCUGUUGAAGUACAUGAAAUUAAGAGAUCUGUGGCUUCAACAGGAAAGAGAGUUGCAAUCCGAUUUGCGGAUCUCAAGAGGAAAAGAUAUUGGUUCCCCUUAAUGGUAGGAAUUGGAUUACUUGUUCUUCAGCAAUUGACUGGUAUCAAUGGAGUUUUAUUCUAUUCAACUACCAUAUUUGCAAAUGCAGGAAUUUCAUCCAGCGAUGCUGCUACAGUUGGACUUGGAGCUAUUCAGGUCAUAGCAACAGGUAUUGCUACUUGGUUGGUGGAUAAAAGUGGCCGGAGGCUGCUGCUAAUAAUAUCCUCGUCUAUAAUGACAGUUAGCCUUCUCAUUGUUUCUAUAGCAUUCUAUCUGGAGGGGGUCGUAUCAGAGGAUUCACAUCUAUAUAACAUUUUGGGAAUACUUUCUGUUGUUGGACUCGUGGUUAUGGUGAUUGGGUUCUCUCUAGGACUUGGACCCAUCCCUUGGCUUAUAAUGUCUGAGAUACUUCCAGUGAAUAUAAAGGGCCUUGCUGGCAGUAUAGCAACAAUGGGAAAUUGGCUGAUUUCGUGGGUGAUCACUAUGACUGCUAACUUGCUUUUGAAUUGGAACAGUGGAGGGACAUUUACAAUCUAUACAGUGGUAGCUGCCUUUACUGUUGCUUUUACAGCGUUGUGGGUCCCUGAGACCAAAGGAAGAACAUUGGAAGAAAUUCAGUUUUCCUUUAGGUAGAUGUUUUGGGAGAGCACACAGGUAGUGUAUUAUGUUUAAACUAAAAUGGUGUCCAAUAUCAUGUAUUUUUAUAGUUCUUUGUAUUUAUCAUGUAUCAAGUUCUGUAACAAAAAGAAGAGGAAAAAAAUAAUAAAAAUCAGUUUCUGUAACAAAAAGAAGAGAAAAAAAUAAUAAAAAUCAGUGCAUCAUAUUUCUUUACUGAACAAGCUACCGAUAUAAAAGAUUUUAAAAAUAUAGUAGCAAAAGAACGAGAAAAAAAUAAAUAAAUUUGUCUUCUAGU